AUGUCUUCGGAUAGCAGCACUCUGCUCGGUGUCGUGCUUAUGGUCCGCCACGGCGACCGGGCGGGUCUCUACCAAGAUCCCCUCACCUAUGCGGCUUCGCACACAACAAUCACACCGCUGGGUGCUGCUCAAGAACUCGCGCUAGGUGCUCUCCUGCGCCAGCGAUACUUGAACUCGAGUUCGCCGAACCAUAUCGCGAGCAUGAACACUGGCCUUGUCAACGAUACCCAGGUCGUUGUUCGGACUGACUCCGGUGACGAAGGCGGAGUCAUCUAUGCCAGCGCAAACGCUCUGCUGCAGGGCCUGUUCCCUCCGACUGACUCCGCAAACACGACGUUGAGCAACGGGACGACUGUCACCGCACCGUUGGGGGGAUACCAAUACGUUCCCAUUGACGCGGUCAACUCUGCUAUCGACGUCGAACUCGAGGGCUUCACUUCGUGUAACACUUACACGACCCAUGUAUCUGAGUUCUACAACUCGACUUUCUUCUCUCAGAAGCAGAAUGAAAGUACCGCCUUCUUGGAGAGUCUUCCUCCAUACCUAGACGGACGGCCAGUCACACUCGAGAACAUGUGGAACAUCUUCGACUUCAUGAACGUGAACUCGAUUCACAACGCGACGUUCAACAACAGCCUUCCAGCAACGUAUCUCUCCCAGGCGCGCGAUCUCGCCAACUGGCACGAGUACUACACAUUCUCAGACUCCAGUCUUGACGGCAUUGGCAACAUCGCUAUGCGGACAAUGCUGCCAUCCGUCAUCACCCAGCUACAGGCGGUCGCGAACGCGUCCAACCCGACGAGCUUCGUAGUCGAAGCCAUCUCAUACAAGCCGUUCCUCUCGCUCUUCAAUCAAACGGGAAUCGCGGAACAGAACACCUCACUGGCCGGCAUCGUGAACUAUGCAGCUGCUGUUGCGCUGGAGGUACGCGCGCCAGCUGAUGGCGGCGAGCCCAUGCUGCGCUUCCUGUUCAAGAACGGAACGGACGACGCGGACUUCAACCAGUACGGACUUCUCGGUAGCUCAGGUGAUGUUGAGCUGUCGAAGUUCGUCAACACGCUCUAUCCGACGGCCGUGAACACGACGGCCGAGUGGUGCACGACUUGCGGCAACACCGUCUCUCGCGGAUGCGGCGCUCUCCAACUUGCAACACAACAAGGUCGCGAGCAGGCAGCUGUUCAUCAGCCUAUCUCGCCUGUUGGUGCGGGCUUCCUCGGCGCUGGCCUCACCAUCUUCGUGUUCAUUGUGACAUUGGGCGUUCUGGCAUUCCUCGGACUGCUCACGUUUGGACGACGACCUCGGGCGUACAAGAGUGAGAAGGCUUGA